UGCCGCCUGCGGCGGCGACGCAGCGCGAGGCACACAUUCCGCGGAGAAGGCGACUCGAUUUUCCAAGCAGCAGCAGUGCGCGCCCCUUUUCUCCGGCCUUCGCGGAAAACCCGACCCGGUUUACGUCCUUGAAGCAUACACGAGUCGGGUUUUUGCAACGACGACUUGGAGUGCAGAGAACGGAUACCGAGCUGGUGCAUUCGCGCAGCGGCCAAUUAUAUCAGAGCGGCGCGGCGUGAGAGGCCAUUGAUCCGCGCGGAAGUCCAGCCUCGAAAACGCCGGCGAGGUGUCCGACAUCCAUCAGCGCGCAUCAGGACGACUGGUGCUCUUGGCGAAGGCGCUUAUCCUAUAGUUUCCGGGUGGCCGCCCGUUAAUGGCGGGGAGUCGAAACGGCUGUCUUCGUCGUCGUCGAGUUUGACCAAGAGGCAGUUACACUCGAGCCGCGUUUUCCAGAACCGGCAACCAUGUCAGAGUCGGCAGAGCCGGCAGAGGUGGAGGAACAGCAGCAGGAGGUGGAGAAGGAGCAGCCGGAGGAACGGCAAGUGGCCGAGAAGGCCAACGAAUCCGACGGUAUCCAGGUUGUAGAUGACGUCGAGGAGACGCACGAUGUGGAGGAGACGGCGCAGCAGCAGAGGGAUGAUAGUGAAAUGGAGCAGGAGCAGGUGAGAGAGGCAGACCAGGACACAGCUAUAGAGGUCAACAAGGAAUUCGAGAGAAACGAGAGCAAUGACCAAAAACUGGAGCUGCAGCAGGAGGAUGAGCAGAUUAACGAGAAAGAGAUGGAAAAACCUCUGGAAGAAUCUCAGAAUGACAUGCCACUACUUAUUGGAAACCUGUCGCAGGGAGCUAUAGAGGAUGAAGAAAUGCCCUCUAUGGUGACAAUUUCCAGUCUCUCUAGAAUAGAUGAAUCGGAAACAAACAUAAGACAAGAAGAAGAAAAGAAGUUUGUUGAUGUAGAAGGAAGCAGCAACAAGUCUAGUCCAAAAAAACAAGAAGACAAUGAUGAUAGUGACAGUGUAUGCGUUAUAGAUGAUGACACAAAUGAUGAAGAUGAGGGGGAAGAUGGCAGAGGCUCUUCUUAUGAUGACGAAGAUGGAAGUUCCUCUUACCCUGAUGACGACAGUGAAGAAAAUGAAAGAAUGCAUCAUGCUGGUAACUACUACAGGAGAGGUUCCAGAGGUGGUAAGAGAAUGGAAGAUGAUGAUGAAAAUGAAGAGGAUGAGGAGGAGGACGACGAGGAUGACGAAGAUGAAGAGGAUGAUCCAGAAAGUCCACGUAUGAUCGCCAUGAAUGACUAUUCUGAUCCUGAUGGUUUUGAAUGUGGUUCAGAUGAUUUAGUACAUAGGCAUAGCAAUGGUUUUACUAGACAUCAACAGGAGCGUAGUAACUCUCUUCAAGAUCUAAGUCUCAUAAAUUGUGAACGUCCUCAACGUAGAUCUAUGAAUCCAUUCAGUCAGAAAGCAAUAUUUCAGAGGAAUCAGGAACGUCGACCAUCUACACAGGGUAAAUUUGCUCAUGUCGAAAGUAAAGUAAAACAAUACAUACAGAACAUGUCUGAGCAAAGGAGAAUAUCUGGUGAAAUACGUAAGAAAUCUAAAGAAGAAGCAAGGCAUAAACAACAGGAAAUGGCUGAAAUACAAAUUUGUAGAAAUGAGGACGUCGUUUUAACGUGUAGGACAAUGAAGGAUUACACUGAAAAGACCUUAAAAGAAGCAGUCGAAUGUUAUGAAAAGAACUCAGAGUAUUUUGUACCAAAUUCAAUGGGUAAUGGUGAUACAAGUAUACAGGAGCAAAUGGAUGUAGAUCAAGUGGACGUUGAAACGCACAAGAGCGAAGAAAAACUUGACAAAAUUAAUGGUGCUCCAUUAACUGAAAAUCAAAAUAAUUUCAUUCCAGAGAGAAAAGGGAUACAUAGACGCGAAGAGUACACUCCAAAAACGAUAUCGAAUGGAGAAGAUGCAGGAAAUAUUGUAUGUGAUCUGCGCACUCUGAGUUAUGAAGAGUACAUGAAGGGGUCGGACAAGGAAAUCAACGAAGAAGUUAUUCACGAGGAGAGUGUUUCUCAAGAGAUACAAGAAAUAUCCGAAAACUGUAACAAUAAAACAGAGUCGGGUUGCGGAUUUCAAAUAGAAAGCGUCGUGAGUAAUUAUCGCAGUACAGAGGCAGAAGAUGAUGAAAUGUACAACAGGAAAACACCUGUUAUGAUGGUGGAUAAAUCCACGGCAACCGUAUAUCAAGAGGACCCUGUGAUAAACCAACUGAGGUCAGAACUUCAUCAGCGAAAUAUGCAAUUCGAUAACUUACGCGACGCUUAUCAAAAAACGAUGUCAGAAAACUUGGGUAUGAAAAUGGAGUUGGAAAAUUUAAGGAAGAUGGUUGCACAAUACCAGCAGCGAAAAUCUCCUCUUGAAACGAAAGUAAUAGCUAUUCAAACUGAGGCUCCUACAGAAGCUCCAAGCAUGCCUAUGAUUGAUGACGAUAACACCGAGCCACAAGUCAAUCCACGAUUAACGACUACCAGCUUAAUGUCAGCAGUCAGCUCUCAAUGGUCUGAUAGUACAGGAAGUGCUGCAAUUUCUAUGGAACCUCCACCCAAUGUUACAACUGCUCUAAACUCAGAUGAGAGUGCGAACCAGCAACCUAAAACGCCAAAAGUGAGAAAUCCGUUGUCAAGAGCGUUUAUGACUUCGCAAAGAAUAUUGCAGACUCUCUCGAGUAUAACUCAUGGCAAGUCAAAAUCGGACAAAGUCAAUCGCAAACGUUCCAGGACACCUGCGCAUGAAAAUCCCAAUGAAGCUGGUACCUCUGCACAGAACGAUAAUGCAGAAUCUGUAGACGCUGGGCCGCCCAAUUCGAAGAAGCGAAAGGCAGAGGACAGCGAGGAACAUUCGAGCACUGCCCAACCGUUCAAAAUUCCUCACACGGAUAAGACUAGGAAGACGUCGGAGGCCUCAGAACCGCCAGUUAUCGAUCUUGAAGACAGCAAUGUAAAUGCUGAUGAUGAAGAUAUAAACGGAGACGAAGAUGUUUACGUAAAAAACUUUGACGACGACGUAAAGGUGUUUGUAUACCCAGAAAGUGAAGCGGGGAAAGAGCAUAGUUUUUUAAUUCAAGCUAAAGAAGUUACGAGCAAUCCUAAACCAGGCGUUCGAGAAUGCGGUCCAUAUCUACUGGGUAACGUAGAAGUCUACAUGACUGAGAUGAACGGUACUAUAAACAUCUGGGGAAAGGAAUUGAGCCAAGCAUCUACGAGUCAAAAUAACGAGGAAUUAAAUGCCUCGAUUAGAUCAAAAGAUCCGAGACCAGGCUUCCGCUGGCAGAGCACGCCGCGGAUCUUCAACAAUCAAAGUUCUUUAUCCACGAGUAAGAAAUCUAAAGUUCUGCCAAGAUUCACGCACCACCAUCAGCAACAUUCUUGCGAUGUGAACAAUACCGUCGCAGAUUGUGACAGUUGCAACGGCCACAAUCACCGUCUUUCUUGGCCAUCGUGUAACCACAGUGCACACGAGAAUCAACACACCUGUUGCCCCCCUACGGUGAGAGUCGAAGAAGCGCCUUGUGGAUGCGUUCACAAGGAAGAGCGACGAAGCAACUGCUGUGGUGUUCCAACAUUUGACGAUGGCCGAAGGUUUUCCAUGCCCAACGUCUAUCAUCAAAGUAAGUCUCCGUGUUGCUACAAUAGCCAUCACAGCCACUGUAGGAACUUUCCACAAGCCGAGACGCACAGGCACCAGCCGUUCGUUCGCCGGCACUCCUUCAAUCCUACCGACGAAGAUGAGGAAGAAUCCGCUGAGGAGGAAAACCCGCAUCUUUCCCCAAACUUUGGCCAUUCCGCUAACGAAAACUCUCCGCAUUCCUGCAGUAACAAGCUAGUCCCACCAGGUUCAUGCACGAAGAAGGGCAAUGGUGAUGAUUUCUCUGAACCCGCCUCUUGUCAAAACGAUAACGAUCCUUUAAUUUCUCAAAAACAAACAUCUGAAACGUUAGAGGGACGAAAACGAAAGCUAAGUGGAAGAAGAGUGAGAGGACUUUUGCUGGAUUUACUCAAAGGUUGUGGCGACUGUCGAACUUCCAAUCCUAUUAACAAAUCGGCUUUACGCCACAAUGCUUCGGUAUAUCAACCAAGCACGUCCACGCAACAGAGAGCAUGUUCCCCCCAUCAACAAUCUUGUUCGCCCCGUGCUAAUGAAAAAUGUUUAUCGUGUCGUCAAAGGAACGACAAGACUAGUGAGAUAGAGGCUCAGCUAGAGUUCUUCCGCGAAGAAAUGGAUAAGCUACGCAGUCGUUCGGAUGCGCUACGUGAUAUGCUCGACACACUACGUAACGAGGAAAUUAUAAACUGAUAUGGCUAUACCUUCUAACGUUCUUUGUAAAUAGUUGGCAAAAGAGGUACUUUUUUUAUUUUCUCCGGCAAUCCAGCAUUGAUUGCAUGAAUUUGUUCCUUUUUCACUCUUACUAUGAUGUGUAACAAAAUAUAAAUAUACGGCCAAUUAAAAGUAUAAAGAAACAAAAUGCUAGCGAAUACUGCUUUACAAAAGCUGCGAUGACAUACAUUUUUAAGUAUCUGAUAUAUAUGUAAUAAAAGAGAUAAAUUAUA